UCUUGUGUAGUCCUGGGCUCUGACUACCUCCUGCCCCACUGUCCCACAUGUUCUCCAUGUUGGGUCCUGUCCAGGUGUUCCGCGCUCGCCCAGAAGUCCGGAGAGGUUCUGCCUGCCGCNGCGUGUCACAUUUUCCCACUGAGAACCACAGUGAGAGCUCUGGGUGUCCCGGAAUCCUGAGAUGAUCUCGAUGCUGAGUUUUCUUUCUCCCAUGAGACAAAUCAAACGUCACCUUCCAUGGAACCCUGCUAUGGACCACAUACAGAGAAGAAUGGACCCCACUUUCUGUUCCAAAAGCUGACCGCUUGGGUUGAAGAGAAACAUGUCAUUCCAGGGGCUGAUAUCGUUUGAAGACAUAGCCGUGGACUUCACCUGGGAGGAAUGGCAAGACCUGAGUGCUGCUCAGAGGACCCUGUACAGGGACGUGAUGUUGGAGACCUACAUCAGUCUGGUGUCCCUAGGACACUGUACGAACAAACCUGAGUUGAUCUUCAAGUUGGAGCAAGGACUUGGGCCAUGGAGUGUAGCAGAAGCCUCAGACAGGAACCUCUCAGAUUUUCACAUAUUGACUGCACCAAUUGUGACCAGCCAGAAAAAUCACAAGGCAUAUAUGUGGCAAGCUGGAACCACCGAAAAUAAGGCAUCAAAUGAAAAGAUUGCAGAGCUAAAGGAGCAACAGAAGAUCCAUCAAGGGUCAAAAUCCUGUGAAAGAGAAGCACAUGGGAAGACAUUUUUUCAGAAAGCCCAGAGCACUGUGAUUCAGAUGUCUCCUACACGUCAGACAGCUCUCCAUUACACGGCAACUCUCACUAAAUGUCAGAGACCUCACAGAGGGGAGAUGAGCCCUGAGUAUGAAGAAUGCAGGAAAACCAUCUUCCAGAGCUCACACGUUCCAAGAUGUCAGAAACCUCUUAUAGAUACAAAGCUUUGUGGAUGUACAGAGUGCAGAAAAGAUUUCUCCUGCAACUCAAAACUCACAAGUCAUCCAAGAACGCGCAUACGUAAGAGGCCCUAUAAAUGUAAGGAAUGUGGGAAAGCCUUCUGCUCUCAGGGAAAACUUACUCUACAUCAAAUAGUUCACACAGGUGAGAAGCCCUAUGAAUGUACAGAAUGUGGGAAAGCCUUCUCCCACAAGGCAUACCUCACUCAGCAUCAGAAAAUUCACAUGAGCACGAAGCCUUAUGCAUGUGCUNAAUGUGGGAAAGCUUUCUACCGAUUAUCACACCUUACUCUGCACCAGAGAACUCACACAAAUGAGAAACCUUAUGAUUGUACAGAAUGCCAAAAAUCUUUCACCUGCCGGUCACAGCUUACUCUACAUCAGCGAACUCACACAGGUGAGAGACCUUUUGAGUGCAUAGAAUGUGGAAAAUCUUUCUACUACAAGGCACACCUAAUUCGACAUCAGAGAAUUCACACCAAUGAGAAGCCCUUUGAAUGUAUAGAGUGUGAGAAAUCCUUUUACUGCCAGUCGGACCUCACUGUGCACCAACGAUCCCACACAGGUGAGAAGCCCUAUGAAUGUAAGGAGUGUGGGAAAUCAUUCUACCAGAAGUCAAAACUCACUCUACAUCAGAGGAAUCAUAUAGGUGAGAAGUCUUAUGCAUGCACAGUCUGUGGGGAAGUUUUCUAUUGCAAAUCACAUCUCACUCUACAUCAGACUGUACAUACAGAUGAACACCCAUAUAUAUGUACAGAGUGUGGGAAAUGUUUCUACUAUAAGUCACAGCUCAUUGUNCAUGGAAGAACUCACACGGGUGAUAGACCCUACAAAUGCGGAGAGUGUGGGAAAGCUUUCUCCCGAAAGUCACACCUCAUUCGACAUCAAAGCAUUACUCACACAGAUAAGAACAAUUUGAAUGUAGCAAAUGUGGGAAAGGUUUCCCCUGUAAGCCAAGACUCACUUCACGCCCACUCACUUUACCUCAGUGAACACAAGCAUGCGCCAAGCAUUUUGAAGGAAAAGAAUGCAGGAUAGCUUUCUACUUCAAGCCACAAAUGACAGCAGAGGACAACUCAGAUGAAGAACCCUGUGAAUGGGAAGAGAGAGAAAACUUUAUACUGUAAGGCUGUGAGAAAGAACUCUGAAAAUAUGAGUUCAAGAUACAUAGUUUCCCAACUAUGCAAAAUACAAAGAUGCAAUAUGAAUUCUAUGAGAGGCUUCACAAACCUAAAAGAACAGCAGCUGCACUAUGACCCAGGUUGAAAAAAGAUACAAAGGCAGGCAGAUUCCUGAGUUCAAGAUCAGCCUGGAACAGAGCAAGGAAUAGACCCAGGUGUGGUGGGAAUUGUAAUCUCAGGACUGGAUCCCACCCAACUAAAGUUAUUGUCUGUGUUUAACAAAGACAGAUCUCUGAAUUCAUUUGCAAUGAAGAAAGAAAGAAAGAAA